AAAUGUGAGGCUAUUGUCUAUGUCUCUUUCAAGAUGGGGGAUUACACGAGUGUCUGGUAUUUCUCGAACCCUACAUCCCGCCUGUAUAACAAGAAAACGGUUGAUAGUCAGUGUCAUGUCGGAUACGAGGGACUGGGCGCAAGCAGCUGA